AUGAGAAGACCUCUGUUCUCCACUCUCCUCCCUCUUUUACUGCUGGCCUUGAUGAACCUCAGCAAGAUGAUCUGGGCAUGGACUGCCCCUGAUUGCACCAUAGCAGAUAGCUCCCUAUUGCCUAACCUCUCCUACUACAUCCCAUUUUGUUCCUUGGCCCCUGGACUGCACAUUUUUGCAUCAUGUUUCAAUGUUAAAGACCUUGCUCGGACCCUGACAGCAGUGCCCCGGAAUAUAGAGGCAUUAUGUCUACAAGGCACAGUGCCUAUCCUGCCAGAUGAUGCCUUUGGUCACUUCCCCUCCCUCAAGCUUCUGAGGCUGCAGCUGGCUACCAUCAGUAUUACAUCUGGGACAUUUCAAGGAUUGGAUCAGCUACAGCACCUUUUCUUUGAGCAUCAUGCUCCCUGUUGCCAGAGUCUGUUCCUCCCUCCAGAUGCUCUGGAGCCCUUCAGAUUUCUCAAUAGCCUUUCCUUUCAAGGCUACUGCCUGAAUAAUAGCCAGAACAUCAAGUUGCCCAAAAGCCUUAGUCAUCUGAUCCUGAGGCACGGCUGUCUGACAACACUGCAGGAACUGCAAGAGCUUUUCCCAAACCUUGUCCCUGAUUCCCCUCCUACAGCAAGUCCCAAACCAUGGUCAUCCUUUCUGGAGCUGAUGGAUCUGUCUGCCAACCUGCAGCUGAAUCAGGUGAGUGUCAGAGCCUUGGACGGCCUCCAGCUUCAUUCCCUGAGACUGGAUGACACCCCACUAAAUUCACUAAGCCUUUUAGACUCAGGACUGCUCCAUCUGGACUCCCUCUCCCUUGUGGGUACAGGUAUAGAAAAACUGCCUUGUAAUGUGACAGGCCACUUUGAGCUUCGUGCCCUUGACCUUGGGAGAAACCAAAUUCAGAACGUAGAGCAUGGAGAUCUCUCAAGCUGCCGCUCUCUGGAACUGCUCAGCCUUCAUGCCAAUGGCCUACAGUUUCUUCCCACCAGGUUCCCGAGUACCCUUCCCCAGCUUCAGAAGCUCAACCUAUCCACGAAUAAGUUGGGUCCAACCUUGGUGCUCCCGGAAGGGCUGGUCAGCUCAAACCUCAGAGUGCUAGACCUGUCUCACAAUGAGCUCUGUAUUCUGCCCUAUGGGGCCUUCUCCUCUCUUCCUCAACUCCGAGAGCUUUGGCUGAGUGGCAACAACAUCUCCAACUUAUCCAGUGGGAGUCUGGAGGGACUGAAGCAUCUACAGACCUUAGACCUGAGUUGGAACCGAAUUAAGAUGCUGAAUCCAGGCUGGCUCUCCUCUCUUCCUUCUCUCACCUCACUGAAUCUCCUGGGCACCAAUUUAGAGCGUAUCUCAGGCAGGCAGCUUCAGGGUCCCCAGAAGCUGAGCCAUCUGCAACUGGGCUCUCCUGAGAGCCUAGAGAUCUACCCUCCCUGGCCUCCAGCACUGCUCAGCUUAGAGAUAUGGACAGGAUAUCUCACCCAGUUUAGUAUCUCCAAUGAAGAGCCCUUCUUGUUCUUAGAGUACCUUACCUUACAAACUACCUUUAUGUUGCUGGAUCCAAAAAACAUCACAGUCCAUUUUCCUUCCCUGCGUCACCUAACCCUGCGAGGCUACAGCCCCUACAUUUUCUUAAGCCAUCAAUCGCAGCAAUUCAUCCCACAGUUUCCUCUCCUGGAGUACUUGCACUUCUGGUCCAAUCAUGAAGGUACAGAAGAACUGCAUCUAUAUGGGAUGCCCAGGCUGCGAGUGCUGGAGCUGGGAGACAUGGACUUCCUUGGUGAGUCAAGGCCAGUGAAGCUGGAGGUGCUACUGAAGGAGCUGCCUCAGUUACAGGUGCUGGUUUUGAGCAACCUGGGCCUCAGGAGUCUCUCUAUCUCCAGCUUUAGGAGCUUGGGCCUCCUCCAGCUACUGCUACUCAACUCUGAAUGGGCCGUGGAAUUGGAUAGCAGCCUCCAGGAGUUAAUCCCUCAACUGCCUCAAUAUGUUUAUUUCUCAGAUGUCAACUUCUCCUGCCAAUGUGAAAGCUCUUGGGUGGGACCUUGGGCUAUAGGGGCCCCAAACACCUUUGUGUAUGGGCUGGAGAAAUCCAUCUGUAUGGCCAAUGCUUCUGAUUACUCCAAGACUCCACUGCUCUCCUUCCUUUCUGGUCACUGCCAAUACCAUCCUGAAUUUCAGGGCUUUCUCACCAGCUUCAUUCUGGUGCUCCUGCUGACCAUCCUUGCACUACUUGGCUGCCCCAAAUGGCCCUGGCUUCACCACCUCCGGACAUUUUUUCACGCCUGGUGGUGGAAAUUGUGUGGGCGGGGCCCCAGAAGCCAAUUCCUCUAUGAUGUCUUUGUAUCCUACUGUGUGCAGGACCAAGCCUGGGUGCUGGAAAAACUGGUUCCCACCCUGGAGAAACCUCCUCCAGCUGGUGAGGGCCUGAGGCUCUGCCUGCCUGAGAGAGACUUUGGGGUUGGGCAGGAUAGGAUGGAGGCGAUGACAGCUAGCAUGGAGAGCAGCAGAGCCACCCUCUGUGUUCUCAGCUGCCAGGCCCUGGGCAGUCCCUGGUGCAAUCUGGAGUUAAGGCUUGCCACCUACCACUUAGUGGCCAAGCCUGGGAUCACCUGCCUCCUGCUGCUGUUUCUGGAGCCCAUUGAUCCGCGGCAACUGCGCGGCUACAACCGCCUUACCCGGUGGCUCCAGAAGGAAGACUAUUUCUAUUUGCCCCAAGGAUGGGUCGAGUGGGAUGCCUUCUGUGUGAGACUUAGGAGAAGACUAAAGAAAGCAGGACAAAAAAGAGAGGAUUAG